CAGAUGAUGGCUUCUGACGCUAGUCAUAUGCUGGAAGCAGCUUUGGAGCAGAUGGAUGACAUCAUCGCAGGUACAAAGUCAGCUACAGAGUAUGCUAAUGGUGGUUAUGAUAUUGUGUCACCUGCUCCAUCAGUAUACUUGGGCACCUUUCAAAUUUUGCAUCUCCUGGAGGAUCUAAAGAUGGCACUGGAAAUGCUAGAGGAUCCUCAAGAGAAAGAAGCAUUGCGAAAUCAAAUUCCGGGGGCUACAGCAGUGUGUAUUCGGGAGUGGUUUGAAGAGAAUAUGUCACAGGCGAAUCAUCAUUCAUCUAAUAAUGAAACUUAUCAAGAAAGACUGGCACGAUUAGAAGGUGACAAAGAGUCGCUCAUACUGCAGGUGAGUGUUCUUACAGACCAGGUGGAAGCUCAAGGAGAAAAAAUCCGGGACUUAGAAAUCUGUCUUGAGGGCCAUCAGUUGAAACUGAAUGCUACGGAAGAAAUGCUUCAACAGGAGUUGCUAAGUCGAACAUCACUAGAGACUCAGAAAUUAGAUCUAAUGGCUGAAGUUUCAGACCUGAAGAUUAAGCUGGUUGGUAUGGAAAAGGAACAGAGUGAAUACGAAGAGAAACAGAACAAAGCUGAGUCAGUAGUGAACCUGAUCAGUGAGCUACAGGAGCAGAUGUGUAGACUGCAGCUGGAAAUUAAUAGUAGAAUCCAAGAAAGAAAGUCUCAAGAUAGGAAUCCAGACUUGACACCUAAUGGUCCUCAAUGUAGUCCAAGAUCAGUGGUAGAGACUCUCAGCCAGAAGAAUUGCUCUCAGUGUGAUGGUUUGCUGCAGGAACUUAGACACCUGAAAAUUAAAGUGGAAGAACUGGAAAAUGAAAGAAAUCAGUAUGAGUGGCAAUUAAAAGCAACUAAAGCUGAGAUAGCCCAGCUUCAAGAGCAAUUAGCUCUCAAAGAUGCAGAAAUAGAACGUUUACAAAGUCAACUAUCUAGGACCUCAUCACAGAGUGAAGUGGCAGAAAGAGAGGAAGUUUAUAGGAGAAGGCUAAAAGAAAAACAUCAAGAAGUUCAACGGUUGAAGAUAGGGAUGGAAUCGUUAUUGGCUGCAAAUGAAGAAAAGGACCGUCGAAUAGAGGAGUUAACACUAUUGCUAAGCCAGUACAGAAAGGUCAAAGAGAUAAUGAUUGCAGCUCACGGCUCUUCCAUCUCUGGUGGCAGUGAAGAGGAACUUGAGCCAACUUUAAGGAAGUGGAAUCUUUUGAAUAAUCCUCAAGGAGAAUUAUUUAAAACAGAGGCCUCUUCAGGAGAAUUGUCACCAGCUGUGGUGUCUCCAGUGCCGCACAAAGCUAUGGAAAUCAGUGGAAGCAUUCCAGUAUCUUCAACUAAUUUAACCUCUCCACAAGAAGAAUCUUUGGAAAUCAUAAAUAGAGUUCCACAGAAAAAAAAGUCAAGUAGUUUAGAAGACUUGCAGAGUGAAUCCCUGGAGAAGUAUGUAGACGGAAAACCAGUACAGCCUGUUGUAGAACAAGAGAGUAAGCCACUUGUGAAAGGCAGCAAGUAUCAAACCUUGCCAGGAAAGCUGCCCCGACCCUUACAGAACGGAGAGCAGGGAACAUAUAAUUCACCAGACGGGUGUGGCACGAACGACACUGAGGACAGCAGCAUCCUGGGCCUGAAUCGCGUCAGGAGUGUCAGUGCACCAGUGCUAGGAGAAACAGAGAAUGUGGAUGGUACAGUAGUCUCAGAUGACCUUUCACCUCUUUCUUCGGGAACGGAUUCAGGUCCACAAUCUCCAUUGUCUCCAGAAAACAGAAAGAGUCCAAAAGGGAUCAAGAAAAUCUGGGGAAAAAUAAGAAGAACUCAGUCAGGUAACUUCCCUGCAGACGACCUGGGUUUGGCAGAGUUUCGAAGAGGAGGUCUCCGUGCAACAGCUGGACCUCGGUUAUCCAGAUCAAAGGAAACCAAAGGCCAGAAAAGUGACUACAAUGCUCCGUUUGCUCAGUGGAGCACUGAAAGAGUUUGUAACUGGCUGGAGGACUUUGGUCUCGGUCAGUACAUCAUUUUUGCACGGCAGUGGGUGACUUCAGGCCAUACGCUGUUAACUGCAACACCUCAGGACAUGGAAAAGGAAAUGGGAAUAAAGCAUCCACUGCACAGGAAGAAAUUAGUUUUGGCCAUUAAAUCAAUAAAUGCAAAACAAGAUGAGAAGUCUGCACAACUCGAUCAUAUCUGGGUGACACGAUGGCUUGAUGAUAUUGGUUUACCUCAGUACAAAGACCAGUUUCAUGAAUCCCGAGUUGAUGGGAGAAUGUUGCAAUACUUGACUGUGAAUGACCUUCUCUUUCUGAAAGUCACCAGUCAGCUGCAUCAUCUGAGUAUUAAAUGUGCCAUUCAUGUGCUGCAUGUCAACGGUUUUAACCCUCAUUGUCUACGCAGACGACCAGUUGAGGAGAAUAACAUUUCACCUUCUGAAGUAGUUCAGUGGUCCAAUCACAGAGUGAUGGAAUGGCUCCGAUCAGUCGAUCUGGCAGAAUACGCACCAAACCUUCGAGGAAGCGGAGUACACGGUGGCCUGAUUAUUCUCGAACCUCGCUUCAAUGGUGACACACUGGCAAUGCUGCUGAAUAUUCCACCUCAAAAGACCCUGCUGCGACGCCACCUAACAACCAAUUUUAAUGUGUUAAUUGGACCAGAGACACAACAAGAAAAAAGAGAAAUAACGGAGUCAACAGCUUACACACCUCUGACCACCACUGCCAAAGUUCGGCCAAAGAAACUUGGAUUUUCACAUUUUGGAAACUUAAGAAAAAAGAAAUUUGAUGAAUCAACAGACUACAUCUGUCCUAUGGAUACAAACCCAGCUGCUACCAACGGUACUCAGAAGAACUAUGGUGGAUACAAAGGACUUAGUCCAGUCACUGAUAAGGAACUGGAUCAGAUGGAACAUUCAGAAGGAACAGUAAUGCAAAUAGGGGCUCUUUCUCAAGGCAUAAGCCAUCUCACGACACUAUUAAGCCAAGAUGAAAUGCUGAAUGACAGCAGAUUUUUAACACCUACCUUUGAAGACUGGAGAUGA